AUGGCUUCUAAAGCAAUGAUCGAAUCCUUAGGCUCUCUAAACAAAGACUCGUUCGUUUCACUCCUAUCGAAACUCAUCGGCGAAUCGAAGUUCGUCCAGAACAAUCCGCCGGAGCUCAUCCCGCAAGAAGAUCGAAUCGUGAACCACGUCCUCGAUUCUCUCCGUCCUUACAGCACCGAAACUGGUGGUGGUCCUCUCGUGAUCAAUCAUGUGGCGUAUCACUCAGGAAGAGGUAACCUCAUCGUCGAGUACCCAGGAUCUGUUCCCGGAAAGGUCUUGUCUUUCGUCGGAAUGCAUAUGGACGUCGUUACCGCGAAUCCCGAUGACUGGGUAAAGUUUUAUAAUUGA